GCGGGGCAGCGAGCAGAGCGCGGCCGGGGUGGACAGGACGGUGAUCAACACGAGCCAUCCCGUACAGGAUUCUGUGAACACAGAGGCAGUGCACACAGGUAAGGCAGUGCACACAGGUAAAGCGGUGCUCCCUGCAGCCCUCAGCACCCCUUCUGUCUGCAGUAGCAGUGGUGCACUGAGGACUACUCUUAGCUCACACAAGACCUUGUUCCACUGCCACUAAAGUGGAGGCAAACUCUUUGGACACAUCUAGAAAUGCAUCUGUGGCUCAUACCCGUGUGGCUGAGCAUGUCCAUUGGUGUAGCUUGAUGCUGCAUGUUAAAGGCUGUUCUUCUGGAUUCAGAAAGAAAGAAAUGCCUGUCUGGAGAGGGCUUUCUGGCUGCUUUGGAGAAGGAUGCAAAAGAACGAGCUGAACGAAGGAAGAGAAAUGAACGUUUAGCAAAUGCUCUGAAGGAGAAGGGAAACGAUGCCUUCAGGAAAGGGGACUACAGCACAGCUGCCCAGAGGUACACUGAUGGCCUGCAGAAGCUGAAGGAUGUGCCGGAGCUGUACACCAACAGAGCACAGGCCUACCUGAAGAUGCAUGAAUAUGGAAAAGCCAUUGGUGACUGUGAGUGGGCGUUAAAGUGCAAUGCAAAAUGCAUCAAAGCCUAUUUUCUAAUGGGGAAAGCUCACCUGGCGCUUAAGCACUAUGAUGAGUCCAGGCAGUGCUACCAGAAGCUCUUACAACUUGAUCCCCAAAAGAAAAUUUUAUUUAAAGAUUGCAUGAAUGAGGUUAACUUGGAGGAGAAAAGAAUGCAAGAAGAAGACAGAGCGAUGAAAGCAUUUCAGUCCGGAAAACAUGCAGCUCUGUCCAUAAAAGAUCUGCUGCAGAAACUCAAUAGGCCAAACCAGAAUAUCUUCUACUAUACGGGAGGGAUCCAAGUUCUGAUAGGAGCUGUGAAGGAGUGCACUGAGCAAACUUUAUUUAGAACAAACAAUGGGUUCAGUAUCAUCAAUGACAACGAGGUCAUAAGACGGGGCUUCUGUGCAGGAAGAAAGAGCACUGCUGAAGUGGAUCUGUGUGUUUCUCUUCUCUCCCUUUGGCAAGCUGUGUGCGCUGGGAAUGAAGAAAAUCAGCGGCUGCUGUUGACUCACCCUGAUGUGAAUGCACAGCUGUUGGAAUUGCUGUGUUCUGGUGUGUUGGAGAUCCAAAAGGAGACGCUGGCUCUAAUUGCUCUCUAUUCAGAUAAUGAGAAUGGGAGGAGACUGUUGAUUAGGCACCAGGACCUAUCCAGAUGGCUGCAGAUAUUGGUGACGUUUGUCAACAGCACUGAUGCCAGGGCUGGCAGUGCCAUGAGUAUUCUGUCGGAUUUAAUUCAAGAGGAAAAGUUCAAAGCACAGUGUCGCCUCACGUUUUCCACAUCUGUUUUACCAUUGUUCAUCCAACUGCUGGCCUCAGCCAAGCAGGUGGACCAGGCAGCCCUCUCACGUUGCAUUGGCAUCAUGGGGAACCUGUGUGCAGAUGCAGCCAUCCGAGUGCAGAUGGCAGAGUGCAGUGAGUGCUGGCAAGCCUGCUUACAGCUGGUGGAUGGAUGUGCUGAUGUUGGCACACCCAGAUAUCGGGAGUGUGUGUUUGCAGUGCUGGGCCUCAUGAUGAACUUACUGCUUGAAUCAAACUCCGUCAUCCAGUGCCUUGCUUUGGACAUAAGUGGCAGAUGCAUGUCCCUGCUCAGGGAUCAGGAUGGAAGAACUGUGACAAGAGCCAUUGGAGUGCUGAGUCGCAUCCUGGCAGCAUCCCCACUGGCAGUAGAAGAAGCAGUGAAAGGAGGAGUGGUGAAGAAAAUGAUCAAAUUCUUGAAGGCUGGAGGACAGACCACAUCCAGUUACGCUAUAAGGACUCUUUCCAUCUGCACAAGAAGCAGCAGACAAGCCCAGGAAGAGGUGGUAAAGUCAGAUAAGAAGUUCAGCGUACUGCUGAAGCUCCUGGACUCAGAAAAUGAAAUGAUUGUGGGAAAUGCUGCUUUCUGCCUUGGUCAGUGCCUCGUUGUUCCUGGAGCAGCAACAUCCUUACUGAAUUCCAACGUUGUGAUGGCUCUGUUGAAACACGCUGGUGGUGAUGCUGCAAGAACUUCAGUGCAGGAGAAUGCAGCAAUUGCUCUGGGGAAGCUGUGUGUUGCAGAACCAAGGCAUAUUUGUCAACUGCGGGAGCUCAAUGGCAUGGCCAUCCUCAACUCCUCUAUGAAAUAUGUGCACAGCUCCUGACGUCCCCCAGAGGGCUUUGAUAAAUGCUGUUCAUAUCCCUUACUGUUCCAUGUUUUCUUCUUUUCUUAAUAAAGCUCAUUCAAAGCA